CUUUAUGCAAAGAUAUAUAUUUGAAAAAGUGGGAGACACUCAUACUCACAGCGUCACUACUCCAACUAUAAAGCGAUGAACAAGCUUUUCCAGUUCAGAGAGAGAGGAAAAAGGCGUAGUAGGCAUGGCCAAUGCUUAACUGUAGUGUUGUAGAAGCGAGUUUGGAAUGGCGGCGAUUGAAGGCGCAUUGCCGUUUUCCGUGGCGGCGGUCGUGGAGGAUGUGCUGCAGCAGCACGGCAGCCGAUCCCGCGGCCUCGAUUUGGAUGCUCGCCGCGCCGAAGAAGCCGCAAUAAGAAGAAACGAAGCUGCGGCAUGGCUGAGGAAGCUGAUCGGAGUAGUGGCAGCAAAAGAUUUGCCAGCCGAGCCUUCCGAGGAAGAAUUUAGGCUUGGAUUAAGAAGUGGAAUAAUUCUCUGCAAUGCACUCAAUAAAGUUCAAGCUGGAGCUGUGCAAAAGGUCGUUGAAAGUCCAUCUGAUGCGGUGCUCGUUCCUGAUGGUGCUGCCUUAUCUGCAUUUCAGUACUUUGAGAACGUGAGGAACUUUCUUAAUGCCGUGGAAGAGAUGGGAAUGCCUACUUUUGAGGCUUCUGAUCUGGAGCAGGGAGGAAAAUCUUCAAGGGUGGUGAAUUGUGUUUUGGCACUUAAGUCCUACAGCGAAUGGAAACAGACGGGAGGGAACGGGAUUUGGAAAUUUGGUGGAAAUGCUAGAACAUGUACAUCAGGGAAGCAAUUUGCGCGGAAAAGCACUGAGCCUUUCACGGGUUCCAUAUCAAGGAGCACGUCUAUGAAUGAGAAAUCUCAGAAUGGCGUGUGCAACGACCAAGAUUCUAACAGAAUUUCUAAUUCAUCCUUGAGUAUGCUUGUUCGAGCGGUUUUACUGGACAAGAAACCUGAAGAAGUGCCAAAUCUUGUGGAGUCUGUAUUAAGUAAGGUUGUGGAGGAGUUUGAAAGUCGCAUUGGAAGCCAAAUUGAACCGAAGAAAGCUUGCUUUAGGGACUCAACUGUUUCUCAUGGCAACAAAUCUUUCGUGAAUCCCUCUUCGCCCCGUGUGAAGAAGGCCGAACAGAAGAAGUCUGCUGCAACACUGAAGAAAAAUGACAUAGCACAGAAGAACAAGGUCGAUGAAGAAUCAGAACGUAGAUUAAUGAACCAGCACUUGAUUGUUGAUCAGCAACAAAAGGACAUUACGGUGCUCAAGCAAACUCUUUCUACUACAAAAGCUGGCAUGCAGUUCAUGCAAAUGAAAUUCCAUGAAGAAAUUCACAAUCUUGGCCUCCAUAUUCAUGGACUAGCUCAUGCUGCUUCUAGUUAUCAUAGAGUUCUUGAAGAAAACCGGAAGCUGUAUAAUCAAGUUCAGGACCUAAAGGGAAACAUUAGGGUUUAUUGCCGUGUCAGGCCAUUCUUGCCCGGACAAUAUGAUCAUUUGAGUACCAUUGAUCAUAUUGAAGAAGGAACCAUAUGCAUAAACACUCUAGCAAAAAAUGGGAAAGGGCGAAAAUCUUUCAACUUUAACAAAGUAUUUGGACCUUCUGCAACUCAAGAGGAGGUCUUUUCGGACACCCAGCCACUAAUAAGAUCAGUCCUUGACGGUUACAACGUCUGCAUUUUUGCUUAUGGCCAAACCGGUUCAGGAAAGACUUUCACCAUGACUGGACCUAGGGAUCUCACGGAGCAUAGUCAGGGAGUCAACUACCGAGCUUUACGUGAUUUGUUCAUGCUUGCCGAGCAAAGAAAGGAUACUUUCUUCUAUGAAGUCUCUGUUCAAAUGAUAGAGAUUUACAAUGAACAAGUCAGAGAUCUACUGAAUUCAGAUGGUUUAAACAGAAGAUUAGAAAUUCGAAACAGUUCCCAGACAGGACUCAGUGUGCCGGAUGCAAGUUUGGUUCGCGUCGCCUCAACAUCUGAUAUUAUCGAUCUAAUGAAUCUUGGACACAGGAACCGGGCCGUGGGUGCAACAGCACUCAAUGACCGCAGUAGUCGCUCACACAGUUGUUUAACAGUUCAUGUCCAAGGAAGAGACUUGACCACCGGUAGCUGCCUCCGAGGUUGUAUGCAUCUAGUCGACCUGGCCGGGAGUGAGAGAGUCGAUAAAUCAGAAGUAACCGGUGACAGACUGAAAGAGGCUCAGCAUAUUAACAGAUCUCUUUCUGCAUUGGGUGAUGUGAUCUCAUCCCUUGCCCAAAAGAGCUCACAUGUCCCCUACCGGAAUAGCAAACUCACUCAGCUGCUCCAAGACUCACUCGGAGGGCAAGCCAAGACACUGAUGUUUGUCCACAUAAGCCCGGAGCCUGAUGCCGUUGGAGAGACUAUCAGCACGCUUAAAUUUGCUGAGCGUGUCGCCUCUGUUGAACUUGGUGCUGCACGAAUGAACAAGGACCCUGCAGAUGUCAAGGAACUCAAGGAGCAGAUUGCCGGUUUGAAGGCCGCCUUGCAGCAAAAGGCAUCUGGUGGUGGCAUGCAGCUAUCUCCUUAUCAAUCUACUUUAAACACUAGAGAUAUGAGCCUGCCUUCGCCACAAGGGCUCCGGAAACCGAUGGAAGACAUGGCCAAUGUAGAGGUUCACCGCAGAGGAUCGAGGCAAAAACGACAGAGCUUGGAUCUAGACGAGCUCCUCGGGAAUUCCCCUAGCUGGCCGCCUGCAAGCAGCCCCAGCCUGAGUAAUGUGGAUGAUGAUAGAGAGCUGUGCUCCGGUGAAUGGGUGGACAAGCUGAUGGUGAACAAGCAAGAUCCGUUUUGUGCAGUCGACAAUCUCAUGACUAGCUGGGAUCCGAGCAACGGCAACGCAUCCGAUGCCAUUUAUCAGAAAUACCUACCAGAUUCAUCAAAAUUCUACCCUGACAAGUCAUUUGGCCUAUUUCAAACGACCAACCACUUUGAUGGCGGUGCAAAUGACGAGGUGGACGAGCUUGAUGCUGGGACCAGCGACUCAUCCGAGCCGGAUUUGCUCUGGCAGUUUAACCAUUCCAAGCUUGGGAGUCCAAAUGUGCAGAAGCCUAAUCACAAACACACCAAAAGCCAAGAAUUCAGGAGCAUGAUUCCGAGAUUAGGACCGUCGGCGUCGCGGAAAGCUGUUAAUGAAGGUGGACAAGGACAGCCACCCCUGCGGAUGGGAAGGCAGGCUACUACUGAAACCAAGCGUAAAACAGGCACUAGAAAAUAGAAGUUUUAUUUGAGUUUUGCGGGCCCUUUUCUUUUCUUUUUCUUUUUUUACAUUGAGUUGAGGCAGAGAAUAUGUGUAGAGUUUCUGAUUUUUUUAUUUUUUUUACCUUCUCAUACAUAGGCCAACACAGCAAUAAUUCCAGUUGCUUGGAUUGGAAGUUUUUUUUUUUUUUGGUUUUCUGUUUUGGUUGAUAUUUGGCUUUCAACAAUGAUAUGUAUGAUUUAAAUUUAUUAAAUAUUUCAUUUUCUUUUCCUGUGUA